AUGUGCCGCCAGCAGAAGGCUAGAUGCGAUGUCUGGCGAGACGAGACUAAGCCGUGUACCCGAUGCCGCAAACACAAUGUCAAGUGCACGAUAGACGAUAGCUUCACGAGGGAACACAAGCGCCGCCGAUACAUCGCACUAGAACACGAGAACAAGCAGUGGCGCCAACAACUGUUGAGCUCGCAGCAACAACUGAGUCCCGAUUCCCUACCAGCUUCUGUGCCAGCAGCGGCAGCGGAGUCGUUAGUACAACCGAUAUUUGGGGCCGAUUCUCAUCCAGGUGUUCCGCAAAAUUUACCGCUGGCGUAUCCGGCAUAUCAACUUCCACUGACGGACUCGUCACACGCGGCAAUGAUGCUAGGUAGUGAGGACACAAAGCCGCGGGCCCUCAAGAGUGUCACUGUCACAGGCGAAGAAAUUGAUGACCUAUACCGAUUGUUCUUCCAUCAUUAUGCCUCGUUUCUACCAAUCCUCGACGCACAAACCAAACCGAAUACCUAUUACACACAGUCUCCUUUCCUGUUUUGGGCCGUCAUCGGCGUUUCCAGUCGGUCGUACCCCCGGAACCCAACUCUGCAGACUGCGCUAGCCCAAGAAGUCACGGAAAUGGCGUUCGUGUCUGUUCUGUCGACAUGCGCACCGUGGCACACGAUUCAGGGCUUGUUGCUUCUGUUGACCUGGCCUUUCCCCAAAGAGAACCGUCCAGAUGUGACAUUUCCGCUGAGUGGAAUGCUUCUGCACGUAGCGAUGCAAAACGGUUUUCACAUUCCAAUGUCUAGCCAUGAAUUUUCUAGAGUGAAGAUUCCGGCGCCUUCCGAAGUAGAUAUGGUCCGACGCUCGGAACUAUGGGCCCAUUGUGUUCUUGUAUACCAACAGUCAUGUGUGAUCAAAGGACAGUCUCCCCGCAAUCUGGUGAGCUUGGCACAGGACGUCACACAACGCCAAGUCCUAUUCGAUAUGAUUGCCCCACACCUGGUUCAAAAGCUCAGAUGCCAAGAGGUCCUUGGCAAAUGUAGCGAAGCAGUUCUGGAAAAUGGAGUGCGUGCCAUGUCUCUUGAUCAGGAACUGGUGUUGGAUGCUCUACUGCGGAAGUAUGAAGGAGAGGUGGAUGACAUUGCUUUGCAGGCUGUAGUUGAUGAUAAGAGCUAUCAUCUUCUCCUUUGCCGGAUGGCGAUUCAAAGUUUUCAUUUCUACAAGCAUCAAACCAUCGUUUCCAGUGGAUGCCUUCCACAUCUGAUCGUCGCUGCCUGCAAUUUGGUAGACUACAUUCAAGCCUUGGCAGACCGUUCAGGCUUCCUAUUUAUGGCACCUGUUCAAAUCAGCUUCGGUCUACUCCUGGCUUCAAUGUCGCUGCUGCGUAUUCUCAAGAGCGACUUUGCAUCCACUGGACUGGACACAAGUCGAGCUCGUGCAUCGUUCUUCGCUGCCAUUAAUUUGGCCAAACGAAUGUCUACCGACAGAAGCGAUACAGCGGCUAAAACAAUAACUGUGUUGAACCAGCUUUGGAAUAGCAGCAAGGCGUUCCGCAAGCCCGACGGCUCGGAAUAUACCGCACUUCGAAUUCGCAGUCGUUUAAUCCUCAGCCAGAUCCUCGAUGCUGUCUGGUGGUGGCGGGAUGAGUUUGAUCCUAAAGCUCGCAUUAGAAUACGAGGGACGGAGUCUAAUGACUGUAUCCCCAGAACUAAAUCGUCUACCGGUGUAGAGGCAGGGCGUGCUUUCAUGGGAACUGAAUCCACUAGAGAGCCUUCCAAGGGGUAUCUCUCGACCUCGAAUGCCCCUCAACAGGAAGAGUUCCAGAUAAAUGAGGAUUAUUUCACCAACUUUGAAUGGCUGAGUGAUGAAAUCUUCUCUUUCCCUCCAGAUUCGUCGGCCAAUAAUCUACCUUGA